AUGGGACCAGAAGAUUUAUACAUAUUGCAAAACAAAGGAUAUAUUAAAGAAUUAUAUGAAAGUUAUUUUUCAGUUACUGUGCUUUCUUUACCAAGUCUGAAUCCAAAAGCCUUGAAAAACCUCAAAAAGAAUUAUAAUGAUAAAAUGAAUAUUAUUAAUAAUGAAACUUCAAAAGCAAUAAGUGAAAUGUUGGUUUUUAAAAAACAAAUUAAAGGAUAUGAUAUAAUUGAUAUUGUUUACCUCAUGGAAUUUAUUACAUUUCCACUAGUAGCCAAUGACCCAACAGACCUUAUUACCCUAAAAGAUUGGGUUACAGAAGGUGCUCAACAAGAGGGUUUAGACAUACAGGCAAUUCAACAAAGUGAUCUUAAUGCUAGCAUAAUUAAAGGCAUGAUAAAAUUAUCGAGUUAA